AUGCCGCGGCUACUACUUACCUUCCCUCAGCUGCUAGCCACUUUCGCACUUUUUAAUGGAGUGGCAUCCAUCCCUCGCCGUGGUGUCGAACCCUGGUCCCUGAUGCUAUGCAAAUUUAACGACACCGACUUUGAGCCAAGGACGGCCGGCUGGUUCCGCGAGUGGCUGAUCGGGGCCGAGAAUCCGGGCAACAUUGAAAACUACUUUGCGACCGUGUCAAAUGGUAUCUACACAAUAUCCGGGAGUAAUGUGACGGAAUGGGUAAAGAUGCCGUGGACAAGGGCUGGUGUACUACGCGCCGCAAGCCUCGACCCUUCGCUACAGACGCCUCAGGAACGACCGUUUGCGUUGUACGACAAGGCUAAAGAGCUGUGCAUCCAGCACAUCUGGGAGAGCCGACAGCUUGGCGCACAUCGGCAGAAGAUUACCGUCAUCAACAGGGAGCAGACGGCAAUAUAUGGAAGGAAAAACGGUGUACUGUUGACACCAAAUUUAAUCUUUUCAUCGGUGUUAGCGCACGAGAUGGUGCACUCGAUGAAUAUCGGGCAUUCGUAUAGCGAUAGAUUGGUGCAGGUAUUCCCCUACGCUUCCAUAGGCGAAUACGACGAUAAAUACGACUUGAUGUCGACGGCCAACGCCCAUAUGAGACCCUCAACUUAUGGACUGGCAGGCCCCGGACUCAACGGACCGCACCUCGACUAUCUUGGAUGGUUGCCGAUGAACAGGGUGGUGUACUUUGGAAGAGACGGCCGCCAAAACUACACACUACGCCUCUCCUCUCUCUCGCUCCCCCAUAAAAAGACAAACGGAUGGCUGCUGAUUUUGAACGUGUACACGGUGGAAUUUCGAACCCCGGAUGGGCAUGACAAGGGAAUUGGGCAGCCGGGCGUCCUGAUCCACCGUAUCCAACGUGACGGCCCCCACUACUAUAGCCAGCUGAUCACGCACGCCGAGCACGAGUUCAACGAGAUGACCCAGGGCACCGAAUGGGUCAAAUUUUUGCAGGUCGAAGAAGCCGGCGGUUUUCAACAUCUGCGCAUCCGUGUCGAUCGCAUUAAUCGAAGGGCCAAUUUCGCAGAUGUGAAAGUGAUCUCCACCUUUAGACCGAACAUCUGCCUGGCUGGGGAGCAGACAAAAAAGUUGUCGCCGGAGGACCCGUUGAACAAGAAAAAAUUGCCUCAUGUAUGCAUCUUUCCGAAUCGUUCCGUCUACCCCAAAGAUUUGGAGCGCCAAGAGGGACGGGCAAAGUUCUUUGAGCGCCGAAAAAGUUACGGUCAAAACGCGUGCAUCGACGGGUAUGAAUGGAGAGCCAUCGACGCCUAUGACUACGUUUGCGUGAUGUCGGAACGGGCCCGGCAGGUCCAAGUCAAAACCAGCACCGAACUCCUUGAUGGCGACUGUAAUAAUGGGACAGUUACGCGCUCUGCUUUCCCGGGCGAUUCCCUCUGCGUGGAUGUCGAAGAAAAGUGGCGUAUCGACGCGGAAAAUGCGGAAAAUUUGCAACACCUCAAGAACCCCCAAUUUUUUAACGGGGCAGAUAGCUUGAAU